AGCUCCUCUGCUGCCUGAGCCAUUCAGCUUGAACCGAGUGAAUCCGCGACGCAAGCCGCCGCCGAGCCCCGGCAGCGUGUAGCCAUUUGUUUGAAUUUAGCUAACGCUAGCCAGCUAGCUCACGUGGUUAUUAUUAUCAAAAAUAUUACGCAAUUCUAGCACGUAGAAUCAAAACGCUGCAGCCAGCAGUUUUAGAGACACAAUGUCUAUAUUACCGUUCACUCCCCCAAUCGUGAAGAGGCUUCUUGGUUGGAAGAAGGGAGAGCAGAACGGACAGGAAGAGAAAUGGUGCGAAAAGGCUGUCAAAAGUCUUGUGAAGAAGUUGAAAAAGACGGGACAGUUGGACGAGUUGGAAAAAGCCAUUACCACACAGAAUGUCAACACAAAAUGCAUAACCAUACCCAGGUCUCUAGAUGGGCGUCUUCAGGUCUCCCACAGAAAAGGUCUUCCUCAUGUGAUCUACUGCCGCUUGUGGCGAUGGCCCGACCUGCAGUCGCACCACGAGCUGAGGGCUGUCGACCUGUGUGAGUUUGCCUUCCACACCAAGAAGGAUGAAGUGUGUGUCAACCCAUACCACUACCAGAGAGUGGAGACACCAAUUUUGCCUCCUGUCCUAGUACCACGGCACACAGAUAUCCCCACAGAAUUCCCACCGCUGGAUGACUACAGCCAUUCCAUCCCUGAGAACACCAACUUCCCAGCUGGCAUUGAACCCCAGAGUAACUACAUCCCUGAAACUCCUCCACCAGGGUAUCUGAGUGAGGAUGGAGAGACAAGUGACCACCAGCUCAACCACAGCAUGGACACAGGUUCGCCCAGCCUGUCGCCCAAUCCUGUCUCACCAUCAAACAGCAAUCUCGACUUACAACCUGUGACAUACUGUGAGUCUGCCUUCUGGUGUUCAAUCUCUUACUACGAGCUGAACCAGAGGGUAGGAGAGACCUUCCACGCCUCGCAGCCCUCCCUCACAGUAGAUGGAUUCACAGACCCCUCCAACUCUGAACGCUUCUGUCUGGGCUUGCUGUCCAACGUCAACCGCAACUCAGCAGUCGAACUCACACGCAGACACAUAGGACGGGGAGUGAGGUUGUACUACAUUGGGGGAGAGGUGUUUGCAGAGUGUCUCAGUGACAGUGCCAUCUUUGUCCAGAGUCCCAACUGUAACCAGCGCUACGGCUGGCAUCCUGCCACUGUCUGCAAAAUCCCUCCAGGCUGCAAUCUCAAGAUCUUUAACAACCAGGAGUUUGCUGCCCUACUGGCCCAGUCAGUCAACCAGGGCUUUGAGGCUGUCUACCAGCUCACUCGGAUGUGCACCAUUCGCAUGAGUUUUGUCAAAGGUUGGGGAGCAGAGUACAGACGUCAGACGGUGACCAGCACCCCCUGCUGGAUCGAGCUGCAUCUCAACGGCCCUUUGCAGUGGCUGGACAAGGUGCUGACACAGAUGGGGUCUCCCAGCAUCCGCUGCUCCAGUGUGUCCUAGGAGCAGCACACACACCCCAGCAGCUCUCCCUCCCAUCCACACAUCUAUACACAGCUGAUUUAGGAAAACAUGAGUUUCUCUCAGUGAUAAGGAAAAAUACACAGCUCAUCAAAUCACUCUCCUCCGUCAACAGUCCCUAACAUUUCACCUCACACUGUAAAGCACUUUUCUUCGUAGCAUUUAGUGUCUUCAUUUGAUGGUUGUAUUAUGACUUGUGUGUUGUUUUGUCGUCUUGUGCUACACACGCAGCCACAGCAUAUUGGCAGUAUGUUUCAAAAGACUUGAAACAUUUUACCACUUUUUUCAUCAUGUAUUCAAAAAGUAUCAUGCCUCUACUUCACAUAGUGUGGUCAGUAUAACAUUUUGAUAAAGGAGAUUGAAAUGGUUUUGUUGUCAGUUUAGGUCAUGGUAGAGUUUCAUCUCAGUCAUCUCUUACAUGUUUCAAAACAUUUAUCCUCUUCUAAAUUAUAUUUAGCUUUAAGCUAAACCUCUGAGUAUUUGAUGCUAUAGUUGCUGGUGUUUCAGUGUGUCCCACUUCCACUUUCUUUGUAAUCAUUGUGAAUUGGGAGGCUUAUUUAUCAAUUUAGGCUGAUUUAGGAGAAAUAACAUAAAAACGCCAUUUUGAUAAGUGAUGAAAUAACUUAUAUAUUUAAUUAUAUAUUAAGUACAAGGUACUUUGCCCAUACUAAUUUGUCUAUAUUAAUGACAUUUUGAAUUAAUUAAUUAAGGAUCAAUUGGUAUUUUAACUAUUUUUAAGCAAGGAAAUAGACAUCAGUGCCAUUGUUUCUUGAAAAGAAUCCUUGUAUGAAAACUAUUUUGCUCAAUGAAAGAGACAUUUUAUAAGUUAUUUUUGCAUACUGUCCUGCAUGGGAAUAUAUUUUUAUUAUUGCCUCAAUAUGAUCAUUGUACAUAUAUAUUUAUAGCUUGUGAUUUAAUGUAGAUGUGCAGCGCUUUAGACAGUGGACCUGACUGACCCCUGGCAUGUACAAAUUCACAAACAUUAUGUACAAUUGAGCUGUUAAAUUUAAAGGACAAGGUUUUGAUUUUGGUUUUAUUUCAAACUAUAGAUGUAAAUGUGGUGUGCCACUGCAGGCAUGCAAGGAAGGAAGCUCCAUGGUAGCCCAUACAGCGCAUCUUCUUAAUUGUGCACUUUUCUAACCCAAGCUGAGUAAGCCCAUCUGUUAAGAGUUAAACCUAGGAUGCAUUUGUUUGAAUCACAAAAUUUGAGCACUAUUACUGAAGGAGUUAGUCCACGAUAGGAAUUUACAAUAUACAGUAUGAGUGGUUGUAUUUAGGCUUUAACCUGUGGGAUGGCAGUGGGUGGAAUACUCACUAGCAGUGACCAUAGAAGUGGCUCUUCCAUAUUCAUAUAGCACUUAAUUAUUGAGUGAGAACAAAAAUGCAAGUCUUUUCACCUCCUAUUAGCCAUUAAUAGACUAUAUGCUCCUCAAGGGUAAAUGAUGCACUUCCAAUUUACUGUAAUGAUCAGUGUAAAGCUUUGGUGGUAGUGGUAUUUUGCUUGUCAAGUAAAUAUUGUAUAUCUCACAUUACAUGUACAUUGCUACAAUGUAAGGCAUGUGUAAUGCGCUCAGUGUCCUUCAUUAGUCUAUGAAAUCACCAAGUUAAUCCCGCACUUACAGUACAGAAGACUGAGUCAUCAUGUAAUCUAUUUAAAAGAAUUACACGGUGCUAAACUGAAAUAUUGUGUGUACUACAGUGCAUAAGUAGUAGGUAGAUCUAUAUCAGUACUUAUAUUCCUUUGUACUCUUACAUUGUUUCUUUGUUGGUGGUUUCUGUUCCAAGUCUUAUGUACAUGUUUUUUUUUUUUUUUUUUCAUGUUUGGUAUAUUUGUUCUAAAAUGACCAUUGUUUCGUUAUGUGAAUUUAAUAAAAUGCAGCUGAACACA